AAUGUUUAUUGGUAACAAUUGCAGGAAAUUAAAAUUUCAACAAUCAUGUCCGGGACUUAUCCGGACGGAGGAGGGUCCGGUGCAAGAAACCCAGCAGAAGUUCGUCAGCGAGUGCUAGCUCCUCCGAAAGCGGGUUUGCUAAAGGACAUCAAGUCGGUGGUUGAAGAAACUUUCUUCCAUGAUGCACCCCUUAGGGAUUUCAAGGGCCAAACCCCAGCUAAGAAAGCGUUACUCGGGAUCCAGGCUGUCUUCCCGAUCAUUGGUUGGGCCAGAGAGUACAAUCUUCGCAAACUUCGAGGCGAUGUAAUUGCCGGUCUCACCAUUGCUAGUCUUUGUAUCCCUCAGGAUAUCGGAUAUGCAAAGCUCGCGAAUUUGGAUCCAAAAUACGGACUUUACUCGAGUUUCGUGCCACCACUGGUGUACGCGGGCAUGGGGAGUUCUAGAGAUAUUGCGAUAGGACCAGUCGCGGUGGUGUCUCUUCUUUUGGGAACUUUGUGCCAGGCCGUCAUCGACCCAAAGAAAAACCCGGCUGAUUAUCUCCGACUUGCCUUCACUGCCACUUUCUUUGCUGGCAUUUUCCAAGCCGGCCUCGGUUUUCUGCGGUUGGGAUUCUUGAUAGACUUUCUGUCGCAUGCUGCGGUUGUUGGGUUCAUGGGAGGAGCAGCCAUCACAAUCGCUCUCCAACAGCUUAAGGGCUUUCUUGGCAUCAAGACAUUUACCAAGAAAACUGAUAUUAUUUCUGUUAUGAAGUCCGUAUUCAAAAACGCUGAGCAUGGGUGGAAUUGGCAAACUAUAGUCAUUGGCGCCAGUUUCUUGACCUUUCUUCUCGUCACCAAAUUCAUUGGGAAGAGAAACAGGAGACUUUUUUGGGUUCCAGCAAUUGCUCCUCUUAUUUCAGUCAUUAUCUCUACCUUCUUUGUCUUCAUAACUCGUGCUGACAAACAAGGAGUCCAAAUUGUGAAACAUAUAGAUCAAGGAAUCAAUCCGAUAUCCGCUCAUAAGAUUUUCUUCUCCGGAAAAUAUUUGACCGAAGGAAUCCGAAUUGGAGGCAUUGCUGGUAUGGUCGCUUUAACGGAAGCUGUAGCGAUUGCAAGAACAUUUGCAGCAAUGAAAGACUAUCAAAUCGAUGGAAACAAAGAGAUGAUUGCUUUGGGAACUAUGAACGUUGUUGGUUCACUCACUUCUUGUUACAUUGCCACGGGUUCGUUUUCACGAUCUGCCGUGAACUACAUGGCGGGAGUCCAAACCGCGGUUUCAAACAUAGUGAUGGCCAUAGUGGUAGCUCUAACCUUAGAGUUCAUCACACCACUCUUUAAAUACACUCCAAAUGCUAUCCUCGCGGCCAUCAUUAUAUCGGCUGUCCUCGGUCUUAUCGAUAUUGACGCUGCGAUUCUUAUAUGGAGGAUCGAUAAACUCGACUUCUUGGCUUGCAUGGGAGCAUUCUUUGGAGUCAUCUUCAUCUCUGUUGAGAUCGGGCUCUUGAUCGCCGUGGUGAUCUCUUUUGCAAAGAUACUGCUGCAAGUGACGAGACCAAGAACGACGAUUCUAGGGAAGCUGCCAAAUUCGAACGUGUAUCGGAACACUCUACAGUAUCCGGACGCUGCUCAGAUUUCCGGAAUCUUGAUCAUCCGUGUUGACUCCGCCAUCUACUUUUCCAACUCCAACUAUGUCCGAGAAAGGGCGUCAAGAUGGGUGCGAGAGGAGCAAGAAAACGCUAAAGAAGAGGGCAGGCCGGCAAUCAAAUUUGUGAUUAUUGAGAUGUCACCUGUUACCGAUAUCGAUACCAGUGGUAUUCACUCCAUCGAAGAACUUCUCAAGAGCCUCGAGAAGCAAGAGAUUCAGUUGAUUCUAGCAAAUCCUGGACCAGUGGUGAUUGAGAAACUUUAUGCUUCCAAGUUCGUCGAGGAGAUUGGAGAGAAAAAUAUCUUCCUUACUGUUGGCGACGCGGUGGCAGAUUGUGUUCCAAGAUUGGCUGAACAACAAGCUUAAUAGCGUUUAUUCAUAUAUAAACACAUCCAUAUACGUAUGUGUGUAUAUAUGAGGGGAAUUGAUUUAUCAAAUAAAAAACUAUGGUUAUGUUAUUUUUUUGAGAUGACAUGAUAAUAUGUGUAAUAUAUGCAUGGUUGUUUGAGUUUGUUUGGUUCAUACAAUGGUGAAAUUGGGACAAAGUCGAACGUUUGAUUUUUUUAUUUUUAUUUUUUUAAUCUUUCAAAUGUUAUUUCUCUCGUGAUUUGUGUUUUGUUUGAGAUGAUGAAUAAAUUGUACUUUCAACUUA